AUAAAACGAGGAAGGCAGACAGGAGUUUGACGUACUUAAAACAAAGACCACUGCAAUUGUGAGUUGUUUUCAGCCGCUGAGGCACAGGAAUUUGACAUUGCAUGUGGAAAAGAAAACAGACUCUGGGACGUAAUCAGCUCCACUGACAACUCUGGAUAGUGGAGAGAAGAAGCAGCAGGAGGCCAGAGCUGCAGGAAGCCGAAAUACCAACAUACCUCCACUAAACAGAUAAGGCUUUAGGAGGGAACCUCUGAAACACACACCACAAGCUCUUUCAACUUCCCGCAAGGAAAGGAGAGGCAAAGUCACCCUGUUCUUAGAGAGAAGGGAAUAAAGAGAGAACGCGUGUGUGCAGGACUGACCGGACUGAAGUGGUCUUGAGAGGUUAGAAAACAGCAACAAUCUGGAGGACGAACAGCAAGAGGUCCACCUAGCCCCACAGCACAAUUUUGCUAUGAGUAUGUCCGGUACUCUAGAGAAGGGGGCCCACCACCAGGCCCUGGACUUGUCCGAGGAACUGCCGCAUCAUCACCACCAUCACCAUAUCAACCACAACCAGCAUCUUCACCACUCCAACUCCCUGGCCUCCACCGCCGCUGUGGGUGGAGGCAGAGAAACGCCCUCACGCGUGGUCGUACCUCCUCCUUACUCGGCAGCCGAGAGCGGCGGCGGGGGCAGCGAGGCCCCUCUCGAGCUGCGGGGGUCCCUCGACUGCUGGGCCUGCUCGGUGCUGGUGACGGCGCAGAACCUGGUCAUCGCCGCGAUCAACGCCUGCCUCGCCGGACUGGUGUUCGGGACCAUCCUGACACCGGCCAUCGUCAUGGUGGUGUUCGGCUUCCUGUGCCACUCUACUGUCCGCCCUCACGGGACGACCCCCUACUGCUCAGACCUGCUGACUGACGGAGGCUGUGUGGCUCUGCUGGUGGUGGGCUUCCUCUUGGUCACCCCUCUGCUGGUCCUGGCGCUGGCCGCAUACUGCCGCCUGGCCCGACACCUCCAGCUGGGCCUGUGCUUCAUACCGUACAGCCGGGCCGUGUACAAGAACCUGCCGGCCACCCAGCACCGGGGCCUGGGCACUGGCUGCUGCGGCGGCCGAGACGGAGCCAGCAGUAGCGGGAAGGGAAAAGUCUGGGUGUGAGAAGAAGGUGGGAGGAAGGGGAAGAGGGGGAGGGUGGGAGAAAGGCCAUUAGACGAAGAAUAUGAAGGGAACUGAACACAAGAGCAGGGUGUGAUGACUAUGAAAGGGCAGUGGAUAUAAGGAACAGAACAGUGUAUACGAGAGAAGGGACCAAUUUGCAAAUGGCAAUAACAACCAGCUGGUUAGAAAAUAAGUUAACUUAAGCAGUUGUGUUUGUUGGCAUUAUUCCACGGGACACAUUACUAUGUUACUGGAGUAACUUUCCAGUUACAACACGGUGUGUUUAAGUAUUGAACAGAGGGCCGAGUACAAACACAGCACGUAUUCUCUGGACAACGUAACAGGGACACAUGGCCGAGCAGAAUGUAUGUGUCCAGGGCAAAUGCAUAUUGUUUCAUGUAAACAAUCAUAGAAACAAGAAAACAGCAUACUAAAAUAAAUACAUUCACAACUGUCUAUGUAAGCUAUUAACUGAAAGAAUCAAAUGGUGCCUAACAAAGUUUGCUCAAGUUAAAGAAAUUAGCAAAUUGGAUAUACUAAGUUGUCAUAAUAAAAAAAUAAAGCAUUUAAUCAAACCUGCAUACAACCUUAACAUUCCUGAACGAAUCAAGGAAAGGAGAAAAACUGAAAAUAGCACACAUCAAAAAGGUUGUAUCGACACUAAACGAUACUUGUAUCUCGUCACAUUUAUGUUAUUAUGAAAAAACAUGUUUGUCUAUUGUAGUUCUCUGUUAAGUUGUUCCAAACUGUGAGGGCGAUUUCUCAUGUUAUUUCUUGUUUUCUAAUAAAGUUUUUGGAUUCA